UCUGUGGACGCGCAUAUCAUCACCACGUAAUUAAUAUCACCAGAAAAUCUGUGACACAGCAUCCUGCCAACAAACAACAGGGUCCAAAUGGCUAAACGCUGAUGACAGUGUAAAACGGGAAUCCAACUGAAUCUCCGUCACAGGUGAAAAAUAAGAUUUACAGACACCGGGAGUGACCGUCGUUGUUCAUUCUGCCGAGCUAGCUGCCCAGAACAGUCAAGAAUGGAGCCAUCAGAGCAGUCAGGCCCACAGUCAGACUCUCAGGAUGUCAAUCCUGUGUUUCUGCAGCAGCUCAGAGAACUGGACAUCCCAGAGGAGGCAGCCAAACAGGCACUUCUGCACACUCGGAAUGUGUCUGCCGAGGAGGCGGCAAUGUACUACUUCAACAAGCUGGAGAAUGAGGAGGAGGGAGAUGAUGACCUAAUGUUCAAGAUGGUGUUUGUGGUGAACAUGGAUCUUGCCAUGGGUGUUGGCAAGGUGGCAGCCCAGGUUGGCCAUGCUGCUGUAGGUUUGUACCAGGCUCUACAGGAGAAGAACAGCUGGAGGGAGAUGGCCUGGAAGUGGGACCACAGUGGAGCCAAGAAGGUUGUCGUCCAGGGUACCAAUGUGGCUCAUCUACUGGAGCUGCAGGCCCUGGCCAUGAGCCUCAGCCUGCCCACUUACCUGGUCCAAGAUGCUGGGCUUACCCAGGUGGAGGCUGGGUCCCGCACUGUCCUGGCCAUCAUGGGCGAGGAGGAGAUUGUGAACAAUGUCACUGGGAGUCUGAAGUUACUGUAAGGGGCUCAAACCCACAGUGGGGAGGCAUGGCUCUGCAGUGCCACAAAGCAACCAGCAGAGGGCAGAAAUAUCCCAGCCACAGGGAGAGUCUUGGCAUGCAAGAGUGUAACAACCUUUAAAAAAGACCUGAAGAACAAGGGGAAACAAGACAUGUCCCAGCACCAGAAAAAAAACACUCUCAGCCAUUUGUUUCCCUUUCAUUCUUUUUAUGAGCUGCUUUGUCAGCCAUUGGGAGCAGGAGGGAAGAGAGACCGGUUCUUCACAAGGCAUCAAGAUGAAGGCAGUUGAAAUUUCUUGUUCUGGUGACCUUUCUCUUUUCUAAACAGGCCACCUACUUAAGAGUCUUAUUAGAAACAUAAUUGUUUUUCAAAAUUGUCUCAAAAUUGUUUCAAAAACUCUAAUUGUCCAGUUUCAGAUAUGGCAAAGUCAAAUCAAGUAGUUUUGGUGGUAGACCAAUAUUAUAGUUGUGCUUAUACAAGGGGCCAUGUACUGUAGACUGAAACAUAAUGGAAUUAGAAUUAUACCCAUAGCAGAUGUAGUAUUUGCCUGUUGUAUUCACUACUCCUGAGUGAAGGGUAACUUAUUAAAUGAUAACAUGUGAACACUCAUUUUUGACAUUUAAAUAAUUUUGUGUCUGUAAGCAACUAUUCUCCGAAAGAUCCCUAUCCUAUAGACUCAGUAACAUUACUUAUUAUUGAUAAAUGGCUGUAUUUUAUAUACAUACGCCUGUUUGAGCCAUAAACCGUAUAAUCUGUGGUGUGCUAUCCUAAGCAGUAUGCACAAUUACUGGACUUUGUUGUAUUGUUUCUUUUUUUUCUUUAUGCAAAAGAAAAGAUCCUAAAUUAUAAUUUUUGGAUUUAUCUUUCUAACUUUAUGCACUCUGACUGCUUGUGGUGGAUAAGUUACAAUAAUGAAUCGACUUACAGCUUGAAAGAAUGCAAAUGAUUGUGUGUAUGAGUAUUGUUGUGGACGUGAACAGUCUUGCACACUAAUAAUCUUAAUACACAAAGAAUGUUAUGUGUCUUUUGUUCGUAGUAACAAAUAUUUGUGGGCAUGAGCUGCCACUCGCAGAAUUCUUUAUCUUACUGUCAAAGAUUUUAUUUGUAACAGAAGUUGUGGCAGUGUCAUGCAUGCAAUAUAAAAUGUGUAUUUGAACAGACCAUUGAAAUCCCAAAGUUAUGUCAAUUGUGUCCACACUUUGAUACCUCUUGUGUCAUACAGUCAUUUGUGAGUGCUUCAGACUAUGGAGACAAUUAAAACGCCUCCAGA